GCUUGUUCUGAAAGCGAAGCGUUCGAAAAAGUCGCCUCAGUAAGAGUUUUGGAGCACGACGGAACAGUCGCGUUUUAACCGCUCGAUAUCCGAAAGUGCCUAUAGUAAAGGGAUGUGCCUUCAGUGAAAGUGUAACUCAGUGAUUAUCGUAAUAGAGUUUAAAAUCGUUUGUUCGUUUACGUAAUACUGUAGUGUUUUGUUCUUGUGUGAGAUACAAAAAUAGCUGCAGCGAUGGAAUUAAGAUGGGUUUUGAUCAGCACGGCGUUCUUAGCAGUGGUAUGCUUCGCACAGAAUACAGAAGCGCGGCACUCGAUGCACCGGCGACAAACUGACGACUAUGACGUGCUUUCUGACGCGGCAGUUGACGAUGAGGCGCAGAAUGACGGGGAUGGAGGUAAUGACGCGGAUGAAGAACCGGAAGUAUCGGCGGUGAUUCUGACGCAGCCGACCCAUUACAACAUAACACUAGGGAAUAGCGUCAGACUGGAAUGCAAAGUGUCACCCGCUGAUGGCACAGUCGUUCAAUGGACUAAAAACGGCACUAUGUACUUCUUUGGUACAUUGAAGACUCAAGACCAGCAUGUGACUUCAUACACACAGGACCAGAGAAUAUCUAUUCCAGCAAACUCCACCGACCUGCUCAUUAAAGAUGUUACUAUAGCUGACAGCGACUCGUACAAGUGUGAAGUAUUGCAAACAAACAGAGUCGCGGUGGAACAUACUUUGAACAUCCAAGAAAUGCCGAAAAUAAUCAAGUUCUCUGCGUCUAACAACGGAGAGGUAGUCGAGGGUUCAAACUUGAUGCUGACCUGCGUCGUCGGCGGCUCGCCGCCCCCACAGAUCAUCUGGUCCAGAGACACUGGCAAUGGCAACGAGCGCCUGCAAGAAAAGGACGGCGAAUUCUCAAUCAACAGUUUGUAUAUUAAAAACGUAAAGGCGAGCGACGCGGGCAAAUAUUACUGCUAUGCUUUCAAUGGAGUCGGCAACAAGCAGGCGGAACUCACCGUUGUUGUUAAAAGUAAACCUCGUGUCCACGUGCCCAAAGCUAUCAUCAACUCUGCUGUGAACGUCGAGGCAGUGCUGCAAUGCUCCGUGCACGAAGCAGCUCCAUUUUUAUUAAAAAACAAACAUGUUUUUUUAUUUUGUUUUUUCCUUUUAUUUUUUUUAGAAGCUCAACCAGAGUUGAUCCAGCAUGCGUCAGUGUACCGAGGCAACUCCGGUAAUUCCAUCAGACCAACAAUCUUCAGCGCAAUCUCCACAACUCUAAUGUACCUUCUUGUUCGAAUGCUUUAAACUGAUAGCCUAAAUUAUUUAUUUGUUAGUAUCGAUAAUUUAAUGGAGGGAAGACGAGACGCACAACACUAUUUGUCAAAAAAAAAAACAAAAAAA